AUGCCCCCACGAAAGCCAGCCCAGCAAAAACGACGCACAUCUAACAAGAAAAAAGAACCACCGCGACUGAAGAAAAACUCUAACGUCAACGCAUCUGGUCACGAUAUUGUGACCCAACUCGGUCUCCCUGAAGAUCGGCCAGAAACCCCCCAAUGUCUCCGCCACACGUCUUCUGCAUCAAUGGCUGCACAUGCAGGCCACAGUCGCUUCCAAUCUCCCCCCGUAAAUCACUACCCUCAGCAACACAUCCAUGACCCCCCACAGCAACACGAUUACGCCCCGCAGCCUGAUUUCUAUGAUCACAACCCCCCACAGCAUGAUUAUGCCCUGCAGCCUGACUUCUACGACCACGACCCCCCACAGCAUGAUUAUGCCCCGCAGCCCGACUUCUAUGAACACGACCCCCCACAGCAACAUGAUCACGCCCCGCAGCCCAACUUCUACGACCACAACCCCCCACAGCAUGAUUACGCCCCGCAGCCCAACUUCUACGACCACAACCCCCCACAGCAACAUGAUCACGCCCCACAGCCCAACUUCUACGACCACAACCCCCCACAGCAUGAUUACGCCCCGCAGCCCGACUUCUACGACUAUGACCCCCCACAGCAACAUGAUCACGCCCCACAGCCUCAAUAUGACGAACUAUUUACAUUCGGAGGCUCCGGCAUGCCACGCUAUAUGAGGUGGGAUCUCGGAAGUGCCACCGCACCAGCGCCUGCGCCAGCACCAGCACCAGCGCCAGCUGUCGUCAGUGUGGUGUUGGCUUGCAAGAGAGAGGCAGAGCGGGGCGAAUUUAGCCGUGGGGUAAUACAUACGCUGGAGACAGAGCGUUUGGUCGGUCGACAAUGUGCCAUCGAACACCAUCUCCCUCCUACCCCUGCCCCCGGACCAGCACAACCAACCACGCCGGCCUCUGCCAUCACCCCUGCAGCUACUCCUCCGGCUACUCCUCCAGCUACUCCCCCAGCCGUUACAGCCCCAAUCAAGCUUAAAAAGAAGGACAUCAAGACGAUCAAGACUGAGGCGAAAACAUACCUCCGUCGCACAAUGCUGCGAACGGAGGAUGUUUCCUCAACGCGCAAGCAACGAAAUGUGCAUAUUUCGAAAGCCUUGCGGGAUGCGAGAGUUGACUUAAUUGGCGAAGUUCCAUAUGAGAAAUUCGAGACGCCGAAGGUUCAUGAAGAAAUGGUAACAUUGAUGUCGUCUACGUGGAGGUUCUUCAAGACGUACGCAUCCCACAACAUUCUCAAUGCCCUCGAUCUACGCCUCCCGCCUGCGGAGAGGGCCGAUGCAGUGAAAGGUCAUCUAUCUGGACUCAACUUCCUGCACAAGGUUGAAAUUGUUGAUGGCAUCGAAGUAACACGUUUUCUGGAGGCUGAGUACCUUAUCGACAUGAUCGUUGAUGUUGUGUGGAAAGAAGGGCUCUAUGUUGACAUCGACAUUGAGAGACUCGACUGCGUAUUCGGCCUUGCAGGAGCUGCCGCAGUCCGGUUCCGAACCUCGGUUCGAACCUGA